UCAUCAUCAUCACACACUGCUUCUAGUAACAGCCUGCUGGGUUACUGCGCCUUUACGCCGUUUUGAAAACAACCGAGAUAUCGCGCUAUUAUCAACUCGAUUCAUACUUUCUAUCUAUUCACCCAACGAGUGAAAAUGUUUUACACUUGCGGCCCCAAUGAAGCAAUGGUGGUGUCUGGUUUUUGUCGCUCUCCACCCGUCAUGAUCUCUGGUGGAAGUGUGUUUGUUUUUCCAUGCGUUCAGCAGAUACAAAGGAUCUCUCUGAACACACUGACGCUGAAUGUAAAGAGUGAUAAAGUCUACACACGUCAUGGAGUGCCCGUCUCUGUCACUGGAAUUGCACAGAUGAAGAUUCAAGGGCAGAAUAAGCAGAUGUUGGCGGCAGCAUGUCAGAUGUUUCUAGGAAAGUCAGAGAGUGAUAUUGCCCACAUUGCCUUGGAAACACUGGAGGGUCACCAGAGGGCCAUCAUUGCUCACCUGACUGUGGAGGAGAUCUACAAAGACCGCAAGAAGUUCUCCGAGCAGGUGUUCAAGGUGGCUUCAUCUGACCUUUUCAACAUGGGCAUCAGCGUGGUCAGCUACACACUCAAAGACGUACAUGAUGACCAGGAUUACCUGCACUCUUUGGGAAAGGCCCGUACGGCACAAGUGCAGAAGGACGCACGGAUUGGAGAAGCCAAGAACAAAAGAGAUGCAGUGAUCAGGGAGGCCAAUGCUAUACAGGAGAAGGUAUCUGCUCAGUACAUGAAUGAGAUCGAGAUGGCUAAGGCUCAGAGAGACUACGAGCUGAAGAAGGCUGUCUAUGAUAUUGAGGUCUGCACCAAAAAAGCAGAGUCUGAAAUGGCCUAUCAGCUCCAGGUGGCGAAGACAAAGCAGCAGAUCGAGGAGGAGAAGAUGCAGGUGAUGGUGGUGGAGCGCUCGCAGCAAAUCAUGCUGCAAGAACAGGAGAUCGCACGCAAGGAGAAAGAGCUGGAGGCCAAAGUCAUGAAACCAGCCGAUGCAGAACGAUACCGGCUGGAGAAACUGGCAGAAGCUGAACGCCUUCAGCUAAUCAUGGAGGCAGAAGCUGAAGCUGAAUCUAUCAAAAUGAGAGGAGAGGCCGAAGCAUACGCUGUGGAGGCGAGAGGUCGUGCCGAAGCCGAGCAGAUGGCGAAGAAGGCCGAGGCCUUCCAGACCUACAAGGAAGGAGCAAUGGUGGACAUGCUGAUGGAGAAACUGCCGCUGAUUGCAGAGGAGAUCAGUAAGCCCCUGUCAGCUACCAAUAAGGUCACAAUGGUUUCCAGUGGAGGUUCAGAGAUUGGUGCAGCCAAACUAACGGGUGAAGUGCUUGACAUCAUGACCAAACUGCCCGAAACCAUUGAGAAACUAACUGGGGUCAGCAUUUCCCAGGUGGCCCGAACUGGUUGAAAAAACUCUCUCUCCUCCAUCUGUGACAAUUAAUUUCUUUUCCUUCUGUCUUCCACACUGCAUCUCUUUUGUUUUCCCUUUCCCAUCUUUCUCUCUCGACGUACACUUCUGUCUGCCUUGCCUUGCUGCCAAAACCCAAAGUGGGAACACUUUAGAAUAGGUAACACCUAUUAGUUUCUUAUUUGCAUGCAUAUAACUAGAAUAUUUGCCAUGUAUUAGUGCUAAUUAAGAACAUAUUAAUGCCUUAUUCUACUUGACCUUGUUCUACAUCCCUAAUCUUACCCAAUACCUAAAGCUAACAACUACCUUACUAACUAUUAAUAAGCAGCAAAUUAAGAAUUUAUUGAGAAAAAUGUCGUAGUUAAUAGUUAACACGUGUUACCUAUUCUAAAGUGUUACCCCCAAAGUGCAUUUUAAUCUAAAACUCCAGGGAAGAAUGCUGUACUUUAUAUUUUUAAUGCAAUCAUAAGAAGACACUGAAGUCCAAGGAUCUCUUGAAUUCUGUUACACACCGACACUUUAGACAUUUUGAAAUAUUACACCUUUAUUUUUUCUUGUAGAGUACUUUUUAAUGCUGGUGGAGCACUAUGAGCAUUUGGAUAUAUUUGAGCUUUCUAUUAGUAACCUUUUGGAAACCAAAGUAACAUGAAGGGAAACACGUGUAUAAAGACUGAUGCAGACAUGUUGAAUAGGAUAUACAUUCACUUUACCUCAAUAGUGUAUUUUUACUAUAUUAGUUAGACAUAACUGUGUAGGGAUUAUAGUAACUAUCUGCUUCAAAUGGUACUGUGCUCUGAAAUCUGAAGAUACUGCCAAUAAUGUCAGAUCAUCUUUAUCUGUGUUUAAAUGUUUACUCAAGCGAACAGUCAGAUGUCUUCAUUGUUAUGCAGAAUUAUAGGCCAGUAAUUAUUCUGUCAGUAACUUAUUUAUUUUACAAAUAUCAUUUGAAGCCUUUUUUUUGUUGUUGUUGUUGUUGUAUAGUUUGUGUGCAUAUAUAUAUAUAUCUGUACUGUUUUGUUGUUUAAAAUGAUCAUAACCAUGUCUAGGACUUGACAUUACAGGGAAACGUAUGUGCUACAUCUUUAGACCGUUCUAUUCAUUAAAUGAGACAGAAGCUGAAUGCUAAAUUUCAAAGGUGUGUCAUAAAAACGGGGGAUUUUAAGGAGUUCUAAAAUAUGUUUUGUUCGUACUUAUACAGUGUUUAAUAUUAGUUAUACUGCAUUGUUCUUCGAUUGCAUUACAAACAUUUUCUUUUCAAAUGUUUAAAUGUCAAUACAAUAUGUUUACUUUUUGUCAUUAGAUACAUAAGCAUGUAUAAUUCAUAAGCACUAAUGACAUCAUUUCCCACUCACAUUUUAUCAUUACUAGCAUGACUAAUGAUAUGUUGACAGAACAAUGUUAUGGUACUUUAUAGAUGUUGUGUGCAAUGUAAACUGAACUAAGUACAUAUUUAUGUCACUGUUUUUUUAAAUUUUCAUAUUUAAUGGUUUAUGACAUGCAUAUGACAUGUGAAGUUGGAUGCAUCUAUAUAGGCUAAAUAUGAAGGGCAGUUUUUAUUAUUGUUAUUAUUGGUGGGCAGAUGUUAGUUAAGCCUAUUCAGUGAUGUUUGGAUAGAUUUAGGAGGUCAGGGCAUUAGAUAGACCUACUCUUAUGCUGUGUAGGCCAGGGCUGCUAUGCUAGUGUGCUGAAAGAAAAGCUGUGUUUGUCCAUAGAUGCUUUUUCUACUCUAUACAAAGUAUCUACAAUCAUGUAAACCGAUCACGUUUUAUCUGUUACAGUUUUAUCUGCUUCAGCAUGCAUGCAAAGACUAGCGAACCAAACCACUGUAUUGUCUAUCUGUACUUAUGAUGCCUUAAGUAACCUCCC